ACCUACCCGAACAGCUACAUAAAGGAUACGAAUAAACAGGUACGGUGUUGUUUCAAAAUUAUGGAAGUUCCUGGUCAAAAAGUGACGAUAGACAAAAAUGCCAAACUGUGUAGUUUAUGUGAAGAUUAUGAUAUAACAAGUAAUGCAGAUGGGUUUUGCGUUGAAUGUGAAGUCAACAUUUGCAAUUCAUGUUUUGUGAAACACAAAGGACGUAAAAGUAAUAGAAAUCAUUCCUUAGUAUCAGUCGAUGAUUCGAGUUCGGUAAAGGUAAUGGUUGGUGAUACGUAUGAAACAUGCCAAGAGCAUGAUGGAGAGUUUGUGAAAUUUUAUUGUCCAAAGCACGACCAAGUUGGCUGUGCAGAAUGCAUUAUUGUAUAUCAUAAUGGAUGCAAAUUGGAACUUAUUCGUGAAAAAGCUGCUGCAUAUGAUACCAGUCAAGAAUUUAAAAAUCUUAGAAAGGAGAUGAAUAAAUGCAUGAAAGAGGCUGAAGACAGUCUAUCAUUGAUAAAGAGCAACCGAAAACAGCUUACCGAAUUCUUUGAGCAAUUUGUUCGCGACGUGGAGGAAUUCACAGAUCAUGUUAUUGAGCGUAUAAAUGAAUUGAAAAAGAAGGUUCUGAAUCAGGCAAAUGUCAUUAUGUUGAAUGACAAAUGGAAAAUGGAAGAUCUGCAGAAGGAUAUCGACGAUUUGAUAGCUGAAUUGACACGACAAAACAAUGUACUGGAUUCAAAAAGUGACACUCCAAAUAACCUCUUUGUGGCAUCCCUACAAAUAAAGCCAGAACUGAAAAGAACGCAGCAAAAUAUUGAUAGUUUUAAAAACAAAAAUAUUGUGACUCAGUAUAAGUUCAUGCAAGACAAAAUUCUAGCUGAAUCUGUAACAGAAAGAAAGGUGAUUGGGAUGCUCAUUGAACAGCCGUUUGAACGGAGUGAACAUCAUCAACACAAACUUACACAAGCUGAUGAAGGACAAGUUCAAGAUCCUUUACCUCAGAUGGUUCAAAUACGAGGGUUGUUCAAAAAGUAA